AUGUCUCUCUCAGCAUCACCACCUGGCGAUACAUCGCCGCCUCCGUCGACUCCCCCCCACAUUCCCACUCACUCUCCCCUCACAAGUCACAUCCUCCACCCUCCCGCUACAGUUCAUAGCUUUCGUCCUCCUCCUCCUCUGUCAGUUAUGAUGGACAAUUCGAUGUAUAAGAACGACUUAAACUCUUAUUGUCGGAGAACAAACAUACCACUUCCAGUGUACGACACUAGAUUUGCAUGUACCGUUUCUGUCGGUGGAAAGAACUUUACUUCUUCCACCUCGACUACUUUCACCGACCGUGAAUCUGCAGAGCAAGACGCUGCCAAGGUUGCAUUACAACAUCUACUCAAUAAAGUGGAUAUUACAUCUCCUCCUACUUCUACAAAUCUUCACUUCUAUCUCCGCAAGCUCGUAUGUCAGGACAAAACACGUUGCAAGAUGAUAUUAAAAGAGUUUGUUGACAAGAAAAAGAUAGAAUGUGCAUAUAGGACCGUUCAAGUUGAAAAGUCUCAUUUGUUUGUUUCCUCUUUGGUACUGAACGGUACUUGUUAUAAAGGUGAAUGUGGUAAGAAUAAAAAAGAAGCUGAGCAACUAGCUGCACUUUCAUCUAUCCUCUCCCUUUUAGAUGAUCCUAUCUAUGGACCACAGAUUUCUGAAGUUAUCAAGUCCAAGUUUAGUGCUUGUGAUGUCUUUAAUGUGCUCAAGGAUUGUUCUGUUGUCAUCAGCAACGAGUUCAAGGCUACCACUUCUAAUGGUUGUGGUGUAAUAAUGCCCCUUGCUCAGCAAAGCAGUUUCAGAGUUUUAGUUGAUGAUCAAAAGCCGAGGACAUCGGUAGAGCAAGUUUUGGUAAAUUCACUGCCUCAGGUAGAGAACCAAGUCAAGAAAACUUCACUGCCUCAGACAGAGAGGCUAGGUGAUGAUGGAGUCUUGUUGGAUGAUACACAAUGUGUGGCUAAUCACCUUCCUGGAGCAGUGACCAUUUCAAGGUGUUCUUAUGUACCCCUGCCAAGAGCUUCAACACUAGUCUUAGAACCACAGCAUGAAAUCAAGUCGCCAGAGGCAACAAAACUCCCUUUUAAUCAAAUCGGUGUUCCCAGAGAGGUUGUGCCUGUUCCGGCAGCCGCACACAAUCCGUGUAAAGAUUUGAUCUCUUUUAAACAGAGAAGAAGGAAGAACAAGCAGAAGGCAAACAAGAGAUUGCCAAGAACUCCACCACUAUUCUCGGAACCACGUCAUGAAAUCAAGCUUCUUCAGCAAAUGGGUGUUCGAACAGAGUUUGUGCCUGUUUCAGCAGCAUCACACAAUCCGGGAAAUGAUUCGAUCUCUUCUAAAAAGAGAAGAAGGAAGAACAAGCAGAAGGCGAGUUGAGAAUAAGUAAGCUGAUAUAGCUCACUUCUUUUUCUUGAUAUGGUCUAAAAAGUAACCUGCGGUAUGUAUGGCAGGCUUACAUACAGGCUGCAGUGAUCUUGUUAACAUUCUGAGCUUUAACUUUGGUUGGAUUCUUCGGACUUAGCAAGAUUAGUCGCGUGAAGGGUAGUGAAAUGUUAGGUAUGGAAUCGGAGAUCUCUAUGAGAUGUUCUGGUUAUGUAAGAUUGUAACUGUUGUGUUGUCAUGUAAUGUGUUCUCUUGUACUUUAAUUUUAUGAGCCUUACUGAGUUCAGAAGGCUCAUGUCAUGUAAUGUGUUCUCUUGUACUUUAAUUUUAUGAUCCGAGCUCCUAGCUAAGCUUGUAACUGUUGUUGUGUUGUAUGUAACUCUUUGGAACAAACUUUGGUUCCGGCUUCAAUGCUGAUAAGAAAAAAAU